UCAUUCCAAUUCAAGUUUCAAUCCUCGUAUUAGAUUCUGCGGUUGUGUUCUGAAUGUUGUCUGAAUCCAUUAGAGAAAGAGGCUAGAAACCUUUAGGAAUAUGGUCUGUAGAUUGUAGUGCUUAGGAACUGUAUUGGUCAACGAUUAUUUGCUGGAUUCUUGGCUGUGGUAGGGUUUAUGCAUUAAGUUAGACCUCGUAGUGAACUAGCUGAGUGUUAAUCUUGCAGGUAGCUCUCACUGGUUGUUUUCGAAACUUGUGAGUGUGGUAAUUACUAGCAGUGAGAUGGAGAAGUCUAGUACUGAGAAGGAACCUAAACAGCCUUCUUCUUCUGCUGCUCCUCCCUCUUCACAGGAACCUACUUCUGCUGUGAGUGCAGGCAUGGCUACUCCAGAUUGGUCUGGUUUUCAGGCAUAUUCUCCUAUGCCGCCUCAUGGUUUUGUGGCAUCAAGUCCUCAACCUCACCCUUAUAUGUGGGGGCCUCAGCAUAUGAUGAUGCCUCCUUAUGGAACUCCUCCUCAUCCAUAUGUUAAAAUGUAUCUACCAGGUGGCAUGUACCCCCAUCCUUCAAUGCCUCCGGGUUCUUAUCCAUAUAGCCCUUACGCUAUGCCUUCUCCAAAGAAUGGAAUGACCAAAGCUUCCGGCCAUUCUAGUGGCGGCGGCACUGAAGGUGAUUCUAAACGAUCUGCUGUGAAAGAAAAAUUGCCUAUCAGAAGAUCAGAAAGAAUAUUGAACAUGAAAACAGGAAAGAACAAUGGGACUGGAGAAAACUCAGAAACAUCAGCUAAUGAAGCUUACUCUAAAAGUGGGGAGAGUGCUUCUGAUGGUUUGAGUGAAGGAAGUGAUGCAAACUAUCAGAAUGACUCAGGAUCAGAACAAGACAGCAAGGAUGCAUCAUCAGAGAGUGGUGGUUCUGCUAAUGGUCCAAGAAAUGGAAGUGCUGGUAGUAGUACACCUCUUCCACCGGUUAGCCAGAACGUGCCAGUUAUGCCAAAGACAGCUGCAGGUGCUCCUACAUCAGCCCCUAUCCCUGGAAUGAAUAGGAAAGUAUAUCAGGACGAGAGAGAAGUUAAGAGACAGAGACGGAAGCAAACCAAUAGGGAGGCUGCUGAAAGAUCCAGGUUGCGCAAACAGGCGGAAUUUGAUGAACUGGCAAAACACACAGAGGUGUUGAAUGCAGAGAACGCAAGUCUCAGAGCAGAAAUGAACAGGCUGAAACGCCAGCGGGAAGAGCUCACGUCUGAGAAUAACUCUCUCAAGCUCCAGCUUUUAUCAUUUCCUCCACUUGAAGGUAUAAACAUAAAAAUAGAGAAGGACGACCAAGAACCAGACACCUAUCAAACAGACUUCACAGAGACAAAGUUUGUUAUGUAGACUCAACGUUAGAAAGCAAAACCAAUUCUUAACGUAGGUAUAAAAAAGUAGGAGACAACAACACUAAGCGGUUCUUUGCUAACAGAUGGUUGUAGGAUUUUAGGGGUCAGGGACCAGUAGGUCGGUCCAGUGGUCUGGUUGCAGAAGCGAAUUUGAGGCAUCGAUUAAGGCAAAUAUCUGUAUGAAAUGCAGCCUUUUAAGAUUAUCAUAUGAUUCGAUUUUUCUUCACUUUACUUGACGAAUGUGGUAUAGGUGGUUUACAAGUCUGCACUAAAUAGAAAAACAGCAAACGCUAAUUGUUUUUGA